AUGUGGACCAGCAGACGGCAGUCCCGGCACAUACAGAACACACUCGACCAUGCCCUUCUGACUGUCGCUCUCUUCCUCGAAGAGUGUGCAUUAGACCUGUCCAUCGACAAGACGGUGUACCUGCCGUUCACACGGAAAAGCCUCAGGGACUUCAAACUCUCCAUUGCAAGAAGAGAGGUCAAGCGGGUAACCAGACACAAGUUCGUCGGAAUCACGAUCACGAGGGACCUCAACUGGAAACAACACAUCAAAUGCCUCGUUGGCAGGACAAACAAGUACGUCAACAUCAUGAGAGUAAUAGCAGGUCAUCGCUGGGGCCAUGGAAAGGCACUCCAAACUGUUCACCGUGGUCUUGUCAGGAAAACCAUUGCCCACAGUAUACCUCACCUCCACAACCUGUCUGCAACCCAGGAAGCAAAUCUGCAACGCGCCCUCAGCCGGAGCCUACGGGUGGUCUUUGGAAUCCCCAAAGCAGCCCGAACAGACCUUGUCUUAAUGGAGGCCAGAAAACUCCCGAUCCAAGUACUGCGAAAACAGGAGACGGAAAGACACCUUAUCAGACUCCUUACGAAGCACACCACUCACCCUCUCGUGGAAAAGCUCAAGAAGAGGCACAAGACAUCAUGGCACAAAGCCCUACAGUUUGUGGAGAAGACACUCCCCAAGAGGCGCUCCCACACAUACAAGCAGGACACAGCCCCGUGGACAUUGACAGCCUCCGUCGUCACGAUAGAUAUCCCUGGGAUUCAAAAUAAGACCGACGCCCUAACCGAGGCUCUUAGGACACUCUCAUUAUCCCACUUGGACGAGCAGUACCCAGGUUCCACACAGGUUCACGCCGAUGGCUCCUGUGCAGAGCUCCACGCCCUACUAAAGGUCUUCCGGCACAUACAGAAUUCCCCAGCGAACAACUGGGUCAUCUGCUCAGACUCGAAGGCUGCCCUCGAAACCCUUCAAAGACAGGACCCAAUCGACAUUCCCGCAUACGAAAUCUCGAAAGCAAACACCUCUGCUACAGCCAAAGGCCACAUCAUACGUGUGCAGUGGGUACCAUCGCACUGUGGGAUUCCCGGGAACGAAGUACCAGACCAAACAGACAAAGACGCCCUCACAAAAACCAGGCUCUCGGCAGUCCCCUUUGCGAAAUCAGAUACAAAAGCUUUCCUCAGGAAGAACACCAUAAGGCGGGCCCGCAGAGUAUGGAAAGAGUCCCUUCGACCAGAAAACUACCUCUCCUUCAUAGACCCUGAAGCCACAGCCUUCAUCCCCUAUGACAUCACCCGACCCAUUAAGACGGCAAUCCAUCGAGCACGACUGGGAGCCAUGUUCACGUUCUUUCUCCUUCUGCAAAAUGAUGGGGACCUGGCAGAAGAAGGAACAAAACAUCCAAGCCCUUAA